GUGCAUGCCGCUCUCACCAAACCAGCCGCUGUGUCCCACCAUAGAAUAUCGAGGCUGCAUUCACCACUUGACCACAUAUCACAAUGGCAGACUCGCCGGAAAAGAAGCGGAAGUUACCUAUACAUGGUACUCCUCAGUCAAAGAAAAAAAGAGUCGAAUUUCAACAAGAACAACCCGCCAUCGCAAGCUCUUUCUCGGUAACAAAACUGCGGAAGCCACAGGUCUCGCCUCCAGUUGUAGCGCUGACCCCCGGGAUUUCUCUUCCUGACGCCCUUCCAUUCGAUGUCUAUGAGAAGGCUGAGCAGUCGACUGCCAAGCGGCGGAAGAGCGGCGGCAUCCCCCCGCAAUCCGAGAUGGCGCUCUACUCCUCGGCACACAGGUCAAUAGACUAUAUUGCCCGGGAAGAGCGCCGCGAAAGCGUGGACACACUGUUGAAUCACUUCUUCGCCGUCAUCGACCCCCGGACCGGAGAGGUGGAGGUGAUCCAAGCAAAGAAGAUGGUAGUGCGGGGGACGGUCCGGUCGAAACAGCCUGUCGACAAAUCAGUGGAAAAGUCGCCUGCCAAUGCAACAUUUCCGGACAUGAAAAUGGAACUGGGCGAGACGUUCGGAACGAAGAAGGCCAAGAAGGCCCUCCAGGCCGUCGCAGAAAAUGCCAUGUUGGUGGCCCAGUCCAGCGGCAAGCUGGGUCAGAGCGACCGUGCUCUCGUCGAUACCAUCAGAGACUCCAGCCACCACAUAGCGACGCGCGAAGAGCUCCAAGCUGCUGUCGACUCAGCACGACCUAUACCUCGCGGCAAUUUCGAUGCCGAGGAAAUCCAGGAUGUUUACGUUCCUUCGGAAAUCAUCGGCGCCGACGUCCUCAACGCUAUACCCGUCAUGGACUGGCAAGAAAGUGUCAAGAAGAUGGAGCCGGUACAUGUUCCCUCUCGGUUCGUUGCCCACCGUAUCAACCGCGUGGCAAGCAACGAGGAUGCCGUGCAGAGAUUGAGGGUCCUGCGCUACCUACUGUGGAUGCUCGUUUUCUGGGCCACAACAUCACAGGGAAGGGAACGCGGCACGAAGAACAUAGGGAAACGAGACAAAUUGCGACAGGCGAUGGCCCCUGCCCCCGAGGUCGUGAUUGAGAAUAUCCGGCGGAAAUUCUCGGAUAACGGCGUGAUGCGCAAAGCGCACAUCGACUUGCUCAUGACGCACUGCUGCGUCUUUGCAAGCAUCAUCGACAAUUUUGAAGUCAACACAUUCGACUUACGGGAGGAUCUUAAGUUGGAGCAGAAGCAGAUUAACCAGUAUUUUGUGGAGAUUGGCGCUCGCGUAAAGACGUCCAAGGCGGGAGAUAAGGUCAACCACAUCGCGAGGCUCGCUCUGCCUCUACAGUUCCCCAAAAUGCGACAGCCAGCCAAGCGCAGGUGAUCGGGUGCAUGGCGGGUUUCGCAAUCGUCGGAUAUUCUGAGAUAUGGUGCCAGGAGGAAGGGGCGCGUAUUGUAUAAGCGAUCUCGCUGGGUUAUUGUACAAUACGUAAAGGCGCCGCAUAUGAGGUAUCUAACAUAGAGAGAACCCGUUGGUGGGCAUUAGCUGGC